ACUCUUCUUCUUAAAGAAGAACGUAUGAUGUCAGCACGGACUUCUGUCUUCUUAAAGAAGAACGCACUACAGAAAAAAAAUAACUUUUUUAAAUUAUCGCAUUAACUAGUCAGCCUGCAGGCGCCCUUGAUCACAAGUGUGUAUGGUGGAAGAAGCCAUUAAAAUGACCUGCUUUUGUCUUGGAAAAGUUCAGUGUGCACUUCAACUCCUUAUAUACAGACGUUGGGGUUUAUGUAGAUGUACACAAUCUUUCUUGCCACUAUCAGUCGGCCCGUCAUCAUCCUCAAUGAGGAGUAAUGGUCUGAAAACUUGUGUUGAGGCACUUGUGGGUUCGAGUGUAUGGAGGGACAGCACCAGUCUGCAUUUUAUUACGAAACGCAGCCUUUACACAAAAGAGAACGAGCAUAGUGGGCAGCAAGUAUCUGUACGGAAAAAAGCUGUUCCUCCCUCAUCUGUUACUCAGAAAGUAAAACAAGCUGGAAGAGACUUUACGUACCUAAUUGUUGUCCUGGUUGGUGUUGGAGUCACAGGUGGGUUGUUGUAUGUGGUAUUCAGUGAACUUUUUUCUUCAUCAAGUCCCAGCAAGAUAUAUGGAACUGCACUGCAAAAAUGUAGAGCUCACCCUGAGGUGAUAGGUUUUUUUGGAGAACCUAUAAAGGGUUAUGGUGAAACAACAAGACGUGGAAGAAGACAACAUGUCAGCCAUAUUGAAUAUAUGAAAGAUGGUAUCAAGCAUAUGAGGUUGAAAUUUUAUAUUGAAGGCUCAGAACCAAGAGCUCAAGGAACAGUACAUGUAGAAGUCAAAGAGAAUCCUGACAGUGGGAAAUUUGAAUUCCGUUACAUAUUUAUUGAUGUGGAUUCCUACCCACCAAGAGCUAUUAUCGUUGAAGAUAACCGGAUAACUAAAUAAAAUUGUUGCUGUUUUCUUGCCAGUAUGGUGUCUGAGUCCAGAUAAAAAUUGAUAUGGAAAUAAUUUAAAAAAAUUCAAACUAAGACACAUGAAGAAAUAGUUGCAUGUUGCAGAACUGGGUAUGAACAAAAUUAGUUGUUAACUAAAUUCCCACUGGACUUGACACUUUGUUAAAAUGUUCACGUAUGGUGUUUCUGCCAUUCCAAAGGUAUGGUUUUGAUUGGUUGCUUGAAAAGUACUUAAAGUAAGAAUUUCCAUUAUACCGUAGGUACCACAGCAUUCCCUGAACAUACUUUUUAAACAUUAAAGUUUAAUUCCAAUGUUGGAAUAUAUUUCA